AUGCAGGGCGGGGCUCCGGUCACUGACGCCGACCAGGCUCAGUUUGAGGCGGACAAACGAGCUGUUUACAAACAUCCCCUAUUUCCACUCCUGGCGCUGCUGUUAGAAAGAUGUGAGCAGGCAACAGCUGGGGCGGAGCCCCCGGCCGCGGAUGCCUUCGGGGCUGACCUGCAGGCCUUCGUACAACACCAACGACGGGACCGGCGCCCCUUCUUAGUAGACGAUCCUGAAAUAGACGGCCUGAUGAUUAAAAGCAUCCAGGUGCUCCGCAUACACCUGCUUGAGCUGGAAAAAGUCCAGGAGUUGUGUAGAGACUUCUGCGGAAGAUACAUAGCAUGUCUGAAGACUAAGAUGCAGAGUGAAAAUCUACUUAGGACCGAUUAUUCUGCUGGUGGAGUGGAAAGUAACAACAAUCUAUCUGGAACAAUGGAUGAUCAAUCCAGCACAUCUAAUUCACCGCAGUAUCAGUCCCCUGCCCCCCCGCAGCCGCCAUCUUUUCCCCCGCCUUACCCCGCGUUGACUGAGCUAGCUUACCCAAGAGAUAGUGCGUCCCUCGUAGUCCAAGGUUCAACACCUAUUGGUCAAAUCGGAGCCGGUUUAAUAUCUACCGAUUCAUUUACAGGUACAAACUCUAAUUCCUGUUCAUCCGUAUCCGGUUCCCCCCCACCAGCUGAUGAUGAUGAUGAAGGAGUGAAGAGAGGAGUACUCCCGCGACACGCGACACAAGUCAUGAGGGCUUGGCUGUUCCAACACUUGGUGCAUCCCUACCCAACGGAGGAGGAAAAGCGCUCUCUAGCGGCGCAAACAAGACUCACUCUGCUUCAAGUCAAUAAUUGGUUUAUCAACGCACGAAGACGUAUACUCCAGCCAAUGCUAGAUUGCCAAGAAAAACCUGGUGGUAAGAAGAGUAAAAACGGUUCAUCUAUCAGCAAGCGGUACUGGCCUGAUACUCUCACUAAUCAACAGUUCACAGCUGGUUUGCUGUCAUCUUCUGAGGAUGAAGAACAGGAGAAUGAGCAGUCAGCCGAUGAGCAUGACCCUCAAGACAAUGAACAGUACACAGUGCAGACCAUGCACUGA